AUGCGUGCGGCUGAAGAAGACAUAUGUCCUGGGAAUAGCAGACACUUCCCAUUUUCUGCAUCUGCUAAAGUGAUGGAGAUCAAGUGUCGACAUAAGGGUUCAGUAGCUUUAGUUGACGACAUCUGCGGAUUCAUACAGGAGCUGCUCCCGGAGGACAACAAGAUGCCAACGAAUUUUGCUAAAAUUAAGAAGUUGGUCAAAGGUUUGGGGUUGCCGGUUGAGGUUAUUGAUUGUUCUUUCUAUAACUGUAUGAUUUAUUGGGGGGAGGACGCGGAUCUAACGCACUGCAAAGUUUGUAAUUAUGCGCGGUGGAAACCUGUGACCCACGGAAAAUCCGCAAAAAGAAAGGCUAACGUGCCAUAUAGUAAAAUGUUUUAUUUUCCAAUAACUCUGAGGCUACAGAGGUUGUACGCUUCAAAAGCCACUGCUCGGCAUAUGACGUGGCAUGCAGACCACGAGAUGGAUGGUGAUAAGAUGUGCCACCCGUCUGACUCUCCGGCUUGGAAACAUUUUAGUGAACUGCAUUCUGAGUUUGCCGAUGAAGGGAGACAUAUCAGAUUAGGCUUAUGCUCUGAUGGGUUUCAGCCAUUUACCAAUUUUGGGCAGCAGUAUUCCUCGUGGCCGGUCAUUUUGACGCCGUACAAUCUCCCCCCAGGCUUGUGCAUGAAGGAUGAGUUUAUGUUGUUAACAAUUUUGGUACCGGGGCCUAGAAACCCGAAACAUCUAAUGGAUAUCUUCCUACAGCCGCUGGUUGCAGAGUUGAACCAACUGUGGGAAUGUGGAGUCCAGACAUAUGACGUUCAUAAGCGUCAGAAUUUUCAACUAAAGGCGGCUCUUAUGUGGACAAUAAAUGACUUUCCCGCUUAUUCUAUGUUGUCUGGUUGGAGCACUGCUGGUAGAAAAGCAUGCCCGUAUUGCAUGGAAAACACCGAUGCAUUCACACUGGAUAAAAGAGGUAAACAAUCGUGGUUUGAUUGCCAUCGCAAGUUUUUGCCUCCGAAUCACCAAUUCCGUCGAAAUGUUACUGAUUUUCGUAAGGGGAAACGAGAGAUCAGAAAAAGGUUUGCAGGGGUGAGAACUGGAGAUGAACUGUUAGCAGAGAUUGAUCGACUGGGGUUUAAGAAGGCAUUUGAGCUUGGUGCGAAAGUUACUAAUGCAUUACUGUCAAAAGAUCAUGGCUGGAAUAAAAAAAAGUAUCUUUUGGGAUUUGCCUUAUUGGAGAACGAAUACCAUGCAAAAUCUCAUGAAGAGUUGAACGACAUCUGUGAUCGGCCAGGGUUAGCUAAAGAUCCGGCAACUGGGAGAUUUUUAAAGGCAAUACAUGCUUUGGAUAGGGAUUCAAAACGAGUUUUGCAUGAGUGGAUUCAAAAAAUAAAGUUUCCAGACGGGUACGCGUCAAACUUGUCUAGAUAUGUUGAUCUAAAGGGGCUGAAAAUGCAUGGAAUGAAAAGUCAUGACUGCCAUGUUUUUAUGCAACGACUUCUGCCAAUCGCCCUUCGGGAGCUACUUACGAAAAACGUGUGGGAGCCUAUAACAGAGUUAAGUAUCUUUUUCAGGAAGUUAACUUUCACGUCACUGUCACAGGAAGAUCUAAACAGUAUGGAAAGUGAGAUCCCAAAAAUCCUGUGUAAGUUGGAACGUAUAUUUCCACCCAGCUUUUUUGACUCUAUGGAGCAUCUCUCCGUGCAUCUUCCGUAUGAAGCUAUGAUGGCAGGACCGGUCACUAAUAAAGGCAGGGUGGAAGGGAGCAUUAGUAGUGGAUAUCUGCAAGAAGAAAUCUCUAAAUUUGCAUCUUAUUAUUUUGCUGAAGGUGAUCCAAUGAUACCCGUGUGUUUGGGAAGAAAUGAAACUUGUGAUAUGGAUAUCGAUGACGAUGUUGACAGACUGGGAAUUUUUAAACCUAAGGGAAAGCCGUUGCGUGGUAGCGGUAGGAGAUAUUUUGAAGACGAUGAGAUCAUCACUGCUCGGACCUACGUUCUUCUGAAUUGUUCCGAAAUCGAAGAUCAUCGAAAGGUUUUUGUGGCCGGGUUGCGAGAAAGGAACAAUGACAUAAGUGAAACAGAAAUUGAAAGAGUGCUGGAAAGUGAUUUCGCCUCUUGGUUCGAACAAUAUGUGAAAGAUCCAACUGUUUGUACUAAUCCGUUUAUUCUGAGUCUCGCAAAGGGACCAUGUAGAAAGGUCACCACAUAUAAGGGAUACUAUGUAAACGGCUUCAAAUUUCUUACUCAGGAAUAUGGGCAGGAUCAACUUACAAUGAAUAGCGGUGUCUGCGUAAGGGGAACAGAAUAUGUUGAUGGUGAAAAUGACUUUUAUGGAGUGUUAACGGGCAUAAUUGAGUUAGAGUAUCCAGCUCUACCAAUGAAGCAGACCGUCAUUUUUAAAUGCGAAUGGUUCGACCCUAUGGAUAUAGGCACAGACACUAGCAAUCGAUACAACUUGGUAGAUGUUAAUCACAGAUGUAGGUACAAUAAAUACGAACCGUUCAUCUUGGCAGAACAGGCUGACCAAGUUCAUUACCUUCCAUAUCCAAGCAGAAGACGGGAUAAAGUAAAUUGGUGGGAAGUUUGCAAAAUUAAGGCACGAUCAUAA